AUCAUUUGGUGACUGUCAAGAUGUUCAAACUGGUUUCUCUGCUGUUAAUACUUCCUGUUAUUUACGCGCACGUGCGUGUGGACGUGACGUCGAAGGACGGCCAGGAUGUGACCGCGUCCGGGAGCUCCGUGAGGACUGUGACGGAAGCGGACAUGAAGACGUUCGGCUUGACGGAGGAGGUUCUCCGGAAAUCCGUCUGGUCUUACUUCGGGGCUCUACCCGAUAAUGUGUUCUACAAAAGCCCGACCUUGUGGGGAGACCUCUAUAAGACUUUAAACUGGGAGCCCGUGAAGAUGACGAUGUCGCCGAUCAAUACCUCCGUGCUCUCGGUGGCGAUGGAACCGACACUCGUCAUGACCAAACACUUUUUCAAUAAUAAAACCGAAGAUUUAGAUAUUAAGACUGAUAUCAGUCAGACCUUCGUGCACACUGUGUCUGCGUCCUGGGACAAGGAGGGAGAGUUAGGCGUUGAAAAGAUUCGCCACGGGUUUGAUUUCGACACUGCCAUGGACCAGGGGUACUUCUCUUUCCUCUCCAAGUGGGGCGAGGACUUCGAGAGUACCUGGCCGAUGACUCUCCACACCGAAGUUCAAGUUACUUUGAAGCCAGACCAACAUUUGAUCGCCGAAGUUUACGCCACUAAGAGAACCGCCAUUAUGAGGGUAGACUUCGAGACCACUUUAAGUGGAACUGUGGCUAUUAACUUCGAUAAGGAGUACAAGGGUCACCGUUUCUGGUCGUUGGAUAUAAACACUCUCCUGCUCUCAGACGGUCUCAAGCGCUCCAUGUACUCCUCGGAGAUGUUAGAGCUGCUUCAUUUCACAGAAGCUUCUGUCGUGUUCAAAGACGCUCUCACUCAGGAGAUCGUGUCCAGGACUCCCGUUCACUUCCAUUAGAACGAUUAAUGUAUAAUAAAUAAUUUUGCGUCACAUUUUUUGUUAUUUUUAUUUGAGACUUCGUAUUUUAGUUCGAUUUGAUAAAUAACCUUACGCUGUGACGCCGACACUAUCAGUAAUGUGUUUCUAGUCUCGGCGUCAGUUCGUUUCCUCUUCCUCAAAUCUCCUCACCGUUCCUGACGCACAGAUCAGGAAGUCAUCUU